AUGACCCAGCUAGAGCUCUUGGAUAAGGAAGAGGAAAGUACAAUGUACGACUCUACACAACGCCCCUGCUUGAGCAACGAAGGCCUGAAAUUCCUCGAGACCCAUCAGAUACCCCUCUCGAUCACAAAACAAAUACGAGAAUCCCACCCACAGAUCUUACUGGGACGGGAACUCUCGUAUUUGAAGAAUCAGUUUCGCACAUUUUCGGCUAUACCGUUCCUUGAUGCCACAGAUGUCAUGUCCACCGACGCUUGGGAAGGAUUAAAACAGCGACAGAUGCGGGACCUCGCAGGAGGAGUACUCAUGACAGAUUUCGAUGACGUCAAUGGAUCCAUCGGAACGCGAAUUGGAAGAAGAAAAUGUUGGCGGGGAUAUAACGACUUCGUAGAAGAAGACCUCCAAUUGCGAGACGACACGCCAAACGCAAAAGAGCAGGACGAAAACGGAUUGCCUGAAGAGCUCCACCUGCAAGAGGAGGGAGCUCCCAAACACGACAAUGCAAUGGAUCAAGAAGAGGGCGAACUAGCCGAGCAAGACCCUAAAAAGACCACAGAAGAGGAUGAGGAACCGAAAGUUCGAGAGUCCCGACGUCGUGAUUGCCUAGAGGACGAACGGCGUCACCAGCAACCCAUAAAAGAAUUGAAGCAGGUGAUGGAAACGGAACGCAACUUCAAGCAGCUGAUCCAGGACCUGGCAGACAAAAAAGUGUGCCCACCGAGGUGA